AUGUUUGGACCGCCUCAACUCGACGAAGCGACUAUAAGGUCCAUCGACUUCAACCGCACCUCCCGUCGCAUGCUCCAGGACAUGGGCUGGGUCGUCUACCGCACAACCUACCGCUCCGUUCCCGCAUUCCACAGCAAUCGAAAUCCUCACUUCCUGGAUCAAGGCGGGAGUCUACGAAGAUCUCCACGAGCGCGCCACCAGCUAACCGUGAUCGAGGAGCUAGCCACGCUGCACGGGGCUUCGUUGGAUGUAGUGCGGGGGCAUUUUGAAGGCUGGGUAGAAGCCCAAGAUAAGCAAGAUGCAUGUAAUAAGUACCGCGCGUGCUUGGUGAUGGAUGAGGCGGCUGUCUAA